UUUGUAUGAGCAGGCACACAGUGGAGGGUAACCUAAUCACACACACCGGAGUUAAGGUGUCACGUUUAAGUUUAACCUGUAAAUGCGCGUUUUAUAGCAGAAAUAUUAAAUCCUAAUCCAGAGAUGAUUUUUGCUGAUUUAAGGGGAUUUUUUUCACCAACCAAAGGUCACAUUUUAGACCACACUGCAGUUUGUUGAGUGUAUGUGAAGACUUCUUUUGUAAAAUAUCCUCACUUGUUCCACAGGAGAGACACGGGGACACUGUGACAAACCCGAGGAGACUUUUUUUUUCCCUUUUUAAUUUUUGCGCAUCAGAGAAAUCGGAGGAAUAUCUGGCCAAAGAUGAACACCAUUGUGUUUAACAAGCUGAGCAGCCAGGUCCUGUUCGAGGAGAAGGCGAAAGAGGUGGAAAUGAGCAGCAGAAAUUAUCUAGAAGUCAUCGACGGGCAACAUCCAGACCUCCUCUCCAGCAACCAGACCAUCAGAGACAACCAGGCCAUCAGACACCGGCGGAGCGGGGGUCGUCCCAGCGGCGGUAAAGUGCGACACAAGCGUCAGGCUCUGCAGGACAUGGCGCGGCCGCUCAAGCAGUGGCUCUACAAGCACCGGGACAACCCCUACCCCACCAAGACGGAGAAGAUCCUGCUGGCCCUCGGCUCGCAAAUGACUCUGGUCCAGGUCUCCAACUGGUUCGCCAAUGCCAGGAGGCGACUGAAGAACACGGUGAGGCAGCCAGACCUGAGCUGGGCGCUCAGGAUCAAACUCUACAACAAAUAUGUCCAGGGCAACGCAGAGAGGCUGAGCGUCAGCAGCGAGGACAGCUGCUCAGACGGUACGGCUCAACUGCAACUUCACAGCAACUCAUCUCUCUUCCAAGAGGCAACUAAAAAUUGGCAACUGUUCUACGGAGACAACCCUCAGAGGACACAGAACGGACCCCAGGAGCUCAACAAGCCCAUGUACCAGAGCGUGAUCAAGAAGGAGGGCUCCUCUAUGGUGGGCAUGGCCAUGGGUAUGGGCAUGGGCAUGGGCGCGGGGCUGCGCUCGGCCGCCUCACUGGCCGAGGACUACGUGUCUCCGCCCAAGUACAAGAGCAGCCUGCUGCACCGCUACCUGAACGACUCGCUGCGCCACGUCAUGGUGGCCAACGCCGUCAUGGACGCUCGCAAGAGGAACCACUCCGGCUCCUUCAGCUCCAACGAGUACGACGACGAGCUGCUCUCGCCGUCCUCCUCUGAGGCUGAGGCGAACUUUGUUUAUCGGGCUGAAACCACAGACCAUGGAUCAAGUAAAUGUGACAACAGCAGCGGUGGCGUCGUAGCUGCGCAGAAAGAGCGGGUGAAGGGCAAAGACGAGACGUACUGGAGGGAGAUCAACGCUGCCAUGGCCUUGACCAACUUGGCGCAGGGGAAGGACAGCGCCUCCGGGACCACCAGCUGCAUCAUCCAGAAGUCCUCUCAUAUAGCAGAGAUCAAGACUGUUAAAGUGCCACUGAUGCAGAAAUAUUAGCCCUGACGUC